ACUUAAUGAAGCAGGAGGAAUUAAAAUUGAAGUGAGAGAAACGGACGAUUAUUAUUAUAAGUCUAUUUUUGAAGUGAAAGAAGAAAAAGAGCAACAAAAUACAAUCGACGCGAAUGGAUACAACGUUGUUGAUUCGAAAAUCAAAGUUGAAGACAAAACAGACGGUUAUUAUUAUGGCAUAGAGAACAAAAUUGAUAAAGACGACGAAGAGAUGAAACAGGAAUUAACUGAAACCUCUAUAGAAGAAACAAAAUUAGCUAAUGCUGAAAAAUCAUAUAAUAGUUAUGUGACAGCACAGAAAGAUCUUCAAAAAACAUUUGACGGAAAUAUAUACAAUUAUAGAAAAGAGGGCAAUACAACGAUAGUUAAAUUAGAAGCCGAUAUAGUGAAUGGACAUUACUUCGAGUCCGUGAUUCAAGUGGAACAUAAUGGUCUUUUGAAUGUGCAAUCUACUAAAGACGAAUUGGAUGAAGUACAACAAUUUGCGUGUAAUUUAUGUAAGAAGUCUUUUAACACCAAAUGGAGAUUGGCUCAGCACAUAACUCGAUUACAUAAUGCACAUGCACCAACCCAGAAAAACACUAGAACACGAGUCAUCAAAAAAAGUCUCGUGUCCACUGACACGAGUUAUGAAAAGAAUAAACAAAUUGAUAGUUGUCACGUCGGGUCUUUGGUAGAAAAAGACUGCCAUAAUCAAAUAGCACCAAAGAAUGACAAUAAUGAUAUGAAAGCACGACGAAUAUUCUACUGCAAUUUUUGUCAAACGUCGUACCACACUAAAAAACAAAUAACAUUACAUUUAAUAAAAUCCCACAAAAGUUCAUUUUCUCAAAAAUCGAAUCGCAAGAAUCACGAACGCGUGCACGCUGCAGAAAAACCCUACAAAUGUUUGGUGUGUUUAAAGUCAUUCUCUGCUAAAAGCACUCUCAAAAACCACGGACGCGUGCACACUGGAGAUAAACCUUAUAAGUGUGCUAUUUGCUUAAAAUCGUUUUCACGUAAAGGCUGCCUCAAAAUACAUGAACGAGUACACACUGGUGAAAAACCCUACAGUUGUGCUGUAUGUUUAAAGUCAUUUUCACAUAAAAACUGCCUUACAAUACAUGAACGUGUACACACUGGCGAAAAACCCUAUAGUUGUACUGUAUGUUUAAAGUCAUUUGCUGCAAAACGAAAACUCACCAUACAUGAAAGCGUGCACACUGGAGAAAAGCUCAACAAAUGUUUGGUGUGUUUAAAGUCAUUUUCUGAAAAAUCCAAUCUUACGAAACACAAACGAGUGCAUACCGGAGAAAGGCCCUACAAAUGUGCGGUCUGCUUCAAAUCGUUUUCCCUAAACACAAACCUCACAAAACACAAACAUGUGCAUACUGGUGAAAAACCCUAUAAGUGUACUGUUUGCCCAAUAGCAUUUUUUCGAAAAGACCACCUCGUAAAUCACGAACGCUUACACACUGGUGAAAAUCUCUAUAAAUGUGCUGUGUGUUUUAAUUCGUUUACUACAAAAUCAAGCCUCACAAAACACAACAAACGCGUACACACUGAUUAAUUACCCCCAAAAAUAUGUAUACUUAAGUUAACUUAAAAUUAUACGGUAAUAUAUUUUGUAUUUUCUAGUACUAACUUAAAAAUAU